GGAGGGCCAGGGACCCACGUGUGGGCGGCAGGAGGAGCGGGCGGCCCCGUGGGUGCCCAUACGUGGAUGGAAGGGGCGGCCGGAGCUGGGACGCACGCUGAGGGUGGAAGGACAGCGAGAGGGACGGCCGGCACGAGGCUUAGCGCUCAGCGCUGUGGCUGGAGGGGCCCCAGCGGCGGCCGCAGCCCGGCGCGUGCAGGAGAAGCGGGCAGAGCCCGGGGUCCUGCGGCCGGACUGGCACCAGCACCGCUGUGUCCAUAGUGUAAAUAGUUCUGUCUGUGUUCCUGAGCUCCUCGCAGGGCUGUGCCCGUUGCACCGCGUUCCCUUCCCACGUGUGUGAGUCCCGCGUUGGCCGACGCUGUGUACCGUACCGGAGAGGAGCGGAGGAGAGAAACCCCUUUGGUGUGUAAAGACGUCUUUGCAGCUGUUUUGUAGUCAUUGUGGUUUUUAUGCAGAGCCUCUGGGUUGUAUUUAACCUCCGCGGGUUUUGUUUUAUAAGGAUUAAUUUAACACCGCUAACCAUUUUAUUACUUUUAUCAAGAAGAGCAAAGUCUAUUUUUGAUUUCUGUUUCCUCGUUCUUAGGAACAUUAAAAACCAGCAUUCAGCUCUGCCCUGUUUCAGUGCCUUUCCUCGUCCGUUGGCCAGGGGCCUGCAGUCACCCCCUGCCCUCACCUCUGCCUCGCUCUGAACGUAAGAAAAAUGGUUUUGGUUCUUAGUUGGGCAGAACUGAUCCUUCGAAUCUACGUGGCACAACACUGGGAAGUUACUGAGGAAGUUCUCUGGCAGCUGUGUAGUAUUUUACCCAGAACGUGGAGUGGUAUUUUAUCUGGAAUAUGGAGUGAUAGAAGGCUCACUGACCACAAGAAAAGAUACUGGUCAUGAAAGCGUGGGUAGCUUUGCUGGAAUAUUACUGAGAUGCCUCUUAUCUUUGUGCACCUCGAAAAAGGGCAGUGGGUUUUGUACAGUGUAUAAAAGCUUUCGGUCUUGGAGAAGGAGACUGAUGCCAUAGAGAAGGGGAGAGGCUGAAAGACCUGAGUAAGAACAGCAUAAGUGAUUCCAGGGUGACCUGAGGCAGGGAAGCAUUUGGAGGCAGCACAGUCAGGUAACAGCUGCAGAAGUGCGUACGGUCUUUGUUAACAAAGAGGAUGAGGUUCUCCAGGGACGCUUCCCACUGCUGGGAGGUUGCUGACCUCCUUCAGUGACACUCGCGGGAUACUGAAGAACUCCAGCAGUGAACGGAGCAGCUUGCAAAGCACUUUUCCCCUUCUACUGGUCGUGCUGAAGCAGGGCAGGCUGUUCCUGAAACGCAGCUGACCGCCAGCACACACCGAUGCUUGGAAGUGUCAUCACUGAAGGAGGGGGAGGAGGGGGAGUCCUUUGUCUUUCUCCUGUCAGGUGCUGGCCAAUUACCUCAUUAAGUAUUUAAUUGCCGUGUCAUGGUGGUCAAACGAGGGAGCUGCCCGCCGGUGCUGCAGCAGCCCGCGAGCUGCGGUGUUGGGCUCAGCCAAGAAGCCCAGCAUCCAUCUACCUCCCCCCCCUCCCCCCCGCUCCGCGUUGCCAGGCCAACGGCGCGGCGGAUGCCGGCGGUCCCUGCGGCUGUGCCGGCCCCGCAGCGCUCUACUCGCCUCCCUAUGGGGCUGCCCACCCCCCGCCGCGUGCUUCCCGGGAGCCCCCGCAGGUACGGGAGGGAGCGGGAGGCGGGGGGGGGGGGGCGCAGGGCGCAGCGCCGUGCCGUGGGAACGCGGGGAGCUGCGUGCGUGGCGAUGGGGGUGAGCCGCCCCGAGGACCCCCGGCCGCACGCCCUGCGGUGCAGAGCAGCCCCCGGCCCUCGGGAAAGCCUCUUCCCCCCUCCCGGCUCAGGCGCGGGGGCUGCAGAGCGGCUGAGCGGUGCCUCCGGCGGCGGUGGAAGCCGUGCUGAGCCGCGGCUGGGGAAGAGGCCGCUCGGUGCGGGGACUGUGCGGGGCUGAGCCGGGCGCUGCCCGCCGGCCGCAGCGCUGUGCCCGGGGGGCUUUCCCCGUCCCCAGGUCCCGUCCCAAUGGCCCACGCGGACGACGCGCGGGGCAGCUGUCAGCUCGCCGCCCGGGAGCCGGAGUGCCAGAUCUGCUACAGCCGCUACGACGCCCGCACCCGCCGACCCGCGGAGCUCCUCUGCGGCCACCGCCUCUGCGCCCGAUGUCUGAGCCGGAUGGUGGCCCUGGGGGACGCGUCGCCCCGACGGCUCCGCUGCCCCUUCUGCCGCCGGCGGAGCCCGGUGCCCGGCGGGGACGCGCGACGGCCGCAGGACGACGGCGAGGGGCCGGUGCCGCCGACGCGCUGUGAGCGGGACCCCCCCUCGCCCCCCGAGGUGCUGCUGUCCCCCAGCGUGCUGCAGCCCUCUCCCGGCGCGGACUGCCUGGUGCUCACCAUCCUGGAGGUGCCCGCGGGCGCGGUGCCCACGGAGGCUCUGGGCGCGCUGGAGGUGGUCCGGCCGCAGCUCCGGCAGAACAGCCGCGCCCGGAGGUGCCGAUCCGCCCCGCGCUGCCUGCUGGGCACGCUGUGCCUGCUGUACUGCAGCUCGCUGCCCCUCGGCAUCUACCUGCUGCUCAGCCGGCACCACGGCCUGGGCCUCGCGCUCGUCAGCCUCCUGCCCGCCGCCCUCCUGCUCUGCGUCUCCUGCAGCCUCUGCCGCUGCCUGUGCCGGGAGCUCUGCGCCUUUCCCUCACCCUGACCCACGCGGCCGAGUCCCGCGGGCCGUGCCGGGGCCGCAUCGCGGCGCGUUGUGGUGGUGCCGAGCGCCAGCAGCGGCGAGCGUUGGGCGGGCGAGGUGUCGGCUCCUGCCCUGCAGGUGAGGGCGGCGCGAGGCUCCGUGCUCACCUCGAGGAGCCCCAGCGGCGGCCGCAGCCCGGCGCGCGCAGGAGAAGCGGGCAGAGCCCGGGGUCCUGCGGCCGGACUGCACCGGCACCGCUGUGUCCAUAGUGUAAAUAGUUCUGUCUGUGUUCCUGAGCUCCUCGCAGGGCUGUGCCCGUCGCACCGCGUUCCCUUCCCACGUGUGUGAGUCCCGCGUUGGCCGACGCCGUGUACCGUACCGGAGAGGAGCGGAGGAGAGAAACCCCUUUGGUGUGUAAAGACGUCUUUGCAGCUGUUUUGUAGUCAUUGUGGUUUUUAUGCAGAGCCUCUGGGUUGUAUUUAACCUCCGCGGGUUUUGUUUUGUAAGGAUUAAUUUAACACCGCUAACCAUUUUAUUACUUUUAUCAAGAAGAGCAAAGUCUAUUUUUGAUUUCUGUUUCCUCGUUCUUAGGAACAUUAAAAACCAGCAUUCAGCUCUG